AUGCACCUGUACACAGCAACAGAAUGGAACAGCUUCCACCUGCAGAUCAAUCAUGAUGGGCAAAUUGAUGGAUCCCCACAUCAAACCAUUUACAGUGCAUUAAUGAUUAAAUCAGAGUCUGCUGGUAAAGUUGUCAUCACUGGUGUCAAAAGUGGUCGCUACUUAUGUAUGGACAGAUUCGGAGAUGUUUUUGGAUCACACUACUUUAGCUAUGACGACUGCGUUUUCAAGCACGAAACUUUGGAGAAUCGCCAUGAUGUCUACCAUUCCCCAAAACACAAUUAUCUGCUGAGCCUCAAAAAGCCAAAACAGUUUUUUCCGCCCAGGAAUGGACUUGCCACCUUAUUCUCAGUUUUUAUCUAUGGAGAACAAGAUCCCUAUUACCCGAUUUAUCACUCCUGA